AUGGGUCUUUGGAGUGGUCAUCACAAAGCCCUGAGCCCUAUUGAAAAACCUGAGAAGGCAGGAGCGAGCAAGGCAGCCUACACCAAAACUUUUACUCAGCGUCUGAACUGUGAUGAUUUUAAUGGUGAUUUCAUUGAGAAUACGACCUUCGUCCCGUCUUUGCUGGCCGACCUGAAGGCCAAAUUGACAGUGAACAAAGGAGACUAUUUGUUUAACGUUAGCUGGGCCAUUGCCAUUGACAGUACUCUCAAAUACAUUCAAGGCACUGUUAUCACCAUAUCACCAAAAACAAUGAAAUGUGAAUAUGUGCCACCCUUGAAAGAUAUCCAUAUUCCAGAGAACCACAAGGCACCGAUUUGGUUCCACCACACCAUACCACAUCCAGGCCACGCUGAUAGCUACUUGGUUGUAGCCGUCAACAUUCCUCUGCCCCCGCGCCAGAGCAACCCUUCCCACACACCAUACAAAUAUUGGACUAUGUCUGCGCCAAGAAUAUCUGAUGAGACUGAGGUUGUUUCUCCAACAAAUCAAGUUCAGUCUACACUUACAACUUCAGUCCCAUUUGUUGACAGAGGGGGGCCCUCUUCGGUUGGAGGUUUGGUCAUCUGUGGAGGGUUGAUCGUCUGUGUAAUGCUCUUGCUCUUUGCAUAUGUCAUAUACAAAGUGUGUGCUGCCCGCCUUGCCGUCAGGUAUAAGAAGGUGGGUCCGGGUGCAAAUGGUCCAUGCGUGCCUGUGCUGGUGGUGUACCCGGCGAAGAGCGAGCAGUUCCAGUGUGCCGUAGGGGCUCUGGUGGAGUUCCUGCAGCAGUAUGGAGGCUGCAGCGUGGCAGUGGACAUGUGGCAGCAGGGGAGCGUGGCUAAGCUGGGGCCCAUGCGCUGGCUUCUGGAGCAGGUGCAGGCUGCCCGCACGGUGCUCAUCGUGGCUGCACAGCCUUCUUCCCUGCCCUCACCCCAGCCUCUCCCCAUCCCUGGAGCCAGCAUCCCUGCAGCAGCUCAGGACCUGUACCCCCUGGUCCUAAACCUGGUGGCAGGUCAGGCUAAGAACAGCUCAGAUCUGGCUAAGUUCUGGGUGGUGCACUUUGGAAAGAGUGCUUCACUAACCUCGGAGCUUAGGGCCUGUCAGACAUUUAGUCUGAUGAAAGAUUUGAACAAGCUGUGUCGAUGUCUUCACAAGCACAAACAGGAUGACAGCAUGAAGAUAGCGAAUCUCUUCUUGUCUGGAAACUUGUACAGCAGAGAUAGCACAGAGAAGCUACGUGCUGCGGUGCAAGCUUUAAAUGGACAGCAAGUGAGUGGGGCUAAAGAUCAGGAAGCUGCAUAACACAAUUGGUUUUGUGACUGCAAAUUAUGAAAUUAUGAUUUUUACAAUUUCAUUGUGUUCAGCUGGAGGGCAGAGGCCUGUAUAACUAUCAGAAAUUCUCUGUUUUUGAAAGAAAUAUCAACAUUUAAGAUGCACAAACGUCAAACCUUAUCAUUACUUGUUUGGGAUUGGCUCCCCAAAUUUACCAUAUUAUCUGUAAUCUUAGGGAUUGAAGUUCUUUCAACUCAAAACAUUCACACCUUUUGUGUUGAAU